CUCACAACGCUGAUAGGAUAAUUUGAACUAAUUUCUCGUUAACAUUCGUGUGUUUCGGCAUGCCACGAUAACAACAAAUAGAAGGCCAAUAUAUUAAAUAGUUGCUGUGUGUUGUGUACUUGUAUUUGUGAGAAGAUAGGAUUUUCUUUUUUUCUAAGGGCAACAUUCGUAUUUGAAACGGAAUCAACAUGAAACUGGCGUAUGUUCUUUUGUUGUAUAUAGUGAUAGUGAGUGGUGGAGAUCAGUCUUGCCAUAAUGACCACGAUUGCAGGCACGGAAAUUGUGACGGUCACAAUCUGGUGUACCGAUGUUUAAAAACAAACCACGAUUCAUCUGGCCAGUGUCAGUGUUUAGAGUGUCUUACUAACCAUGACUGUCCCCACUGUCACGAUCAUCAAUUUCAAUACUGUUCUGGGCGUUAUUACACCUGUGGAUGUGAAGAAUGUACCCACGAUAGUCACUGUACAGAUUGUGCAGUUGGUCAGACGGGUAAAUGCCACCGUCACCACGACACCGAGAGAAAGUUCUGUCAGUGUGAAGGCAAUGCACUGACGACCACAGUAAAAUCGCCCCUUAAACUAGAAUGCAGCCACCGGAAGAUCAGCGUCAUCGAGUCCAUCGCAGAGAAUCUACACGUGGAGGACAGCAGGGCGGCGCUGUGUCCUGGUACAACCAAACACCAGACCUCCGACGCCUUCGUCAUCAACAAGUGUAACUCGACGGCAAGAAGUUCUUGGUUAAAGGGUGAAUCGGUCAAGUCUCUGUGUUCUAGCGGAUCUAUUACACAAUACACGCCAAUUUCAACAUUCCAUCAAAAUGAAAAUAUGGCAGCUUUUUUUAUUGAUUGCUCAGCAUCCAACCAUGAACUAAAGGUAGCUGUCCAGACUUGCAUAGAUCCACCAUAUAUACUGAUGCUGAACGAGACCACCAGUCCAAAAAUGUCCGAUUUUUACAUUAUUUUACAACAGGUCUAAUCCUAAGCGAAAUAAAAGUCAUUUAUUGUG